GACCCGUAAUUCCUCCCGGACAUGUAGCAGUCCCUCCCGAGGCUCUUCUAAUGCCUAAGCUUCCAAGUAUUCCUGGGAUGCCUGGAAUGCCUCCAAAUACUCGUGUAGUUGUUCCGUGGGAUAAACUACCGAAACAGCCUGGUAUACCUCCAGGUCCUAGAAGACAACCACCACCAGCCCCACCUCCAAUAUCUCCAGAUCAGCCACCAGCACCACCACCUGGACCUCCUGUUCAGCCCCCACCCAAACCUGAUAAACCUAAUGGACGUAGAUGGUUUCCUCCACGAGGCGGAAAAGGUCGUCCAGGUCACGGCUACGGGCCUGGAAUCGGAAUUGGACCUAACGCUACAAUUGGGCAAAUUCCACCAGGAAGAAAGGGUGCAGGAGGAGGCGUUCCGGAUAUUGACAUCGUGGGUUUUCUUCAAGAUACUUCAAUUCCCGAAAGAGACGGGCCGAGUAGACAAUACAUGUUUGGGUGGCCUUCAAGACCUGUAAUUCCUCCCGGACAUGUAGCAGUCCCUCCCGAGGCUCUUCUAAUGCCUAAGCUUCCAAGUAUUCCUGGGAUGCCUGGAAUGCCUCCAAAUACUCGUGUAGUUGUUCCGUGGGAUAAACUACCGAAACAGCCUGGUAUACCUCCAGGUCCUAGAAGACAACCACCACCAGCCCCACCUCCAAUAUCUCCAGAUCAGCCACCAGCACCACCACCUGGACCUCCUGUUCAGCCCCCACCCAAACCUGAUAAACCUAAUGGACGUAGAUGGUUUCCUCCACGAGGCGGAAAAGGUCGUCCAGGUCACGGCUACGGGCCUGGAAUCGGAAUUGGACCUAACGCUACUAUUGGGCAAAUUCCACCAGGAAGAAAGGGUGCAGGAGGAGGCGUUCCGGAUAUUGACAUCGUGGGUUUUCUUCAAGAUACUUCAAUUCCCGAAAGAGACGGGCCGAGUAGACAAUACAUGUUCGGGCGGCCUUCAAGACCCGUAAUUCCUCCCGGACAUGUAGCAGUCCCUCCCGAGGCUCUUCUAAUGCCUAAGCUUCCAAGUAUUCCUGGGAUGCCUGGAAUGCCUCCAAAUACUCGUGUAGUUGUUCCGUGGGAUAAACUACCGAAACAGCCUGGUAUACCUCCAGGUCCUAGAAGACAACCACCACCAGCCCCACCUCCAAUAUCUCCAGAUCAGCCACCAGCACCACCACCUGGACCUCCUGUUCAGCCCGCACCCAAACCUGAUAAACCUAAUGGACGUAGAUGGUUUCCUCCACGAGGCGGAAAAGGUCGUCCAGGUCACGGCUACGGGCCUGGAAUCGGAUCUGGACCUAACGCUACAAUUGGGCAAAUUCCACCAGGAAGAAAGGGUGGAGGAGGUGGCCUUCCGGAUAUUGAGAUCGGAGGUUUUCUUCGAGAUACCUCAGAGGCCGGAAGAGAUGGGACACCUGGAGUUUCCAUAGGGUCGAGGAGAAAAGUUAGACAAUACACAUGGAAACCUUCCGGAUCCUCGAUUUCUCGUGGCAGUAAUAACUAUCUGUCUGGGAAAAAAAGCAGAAAACCAUUGGAUUUUCGCAGAGAUGGACGAUAUAAGCAGAAACGGAAGAGAAAGCUGAGAAAACCAUUGGAUGGUCGCAGAGGUGGACGAUAUAAGCAGAAACGGAAGAGAAAGCUGAGAAAACCAUUGGAUGGUCGCAGAGAUGGACGAUAUAGGCAGAAACUGAAAAGAAAGCUGAGAAAACCAUUGGAUGGUCGCAGAGAUGGACGAUAUAGGCAGAAACUGAAGAGAAAGCUGGAAUCUGUUGGAAGAAAAGUGGUUCAAAUGGAAAACAAGUCUGCUAAAGAGGAACAGCAUAACAAUAUAUCGAAUCGUAAAAAAUACGCCCCAACCUGGGACAGAGAUCCUCCAAGAGUAAACAUCCGCAGAAAUGCCAGUCCCUUGAAGAAAUUACAAAAAAGAAAUAAACCUUGAAUACAAGGUAUUCUAACAAGAACAGGCAGAAUACAAGCAAGAGAUAUUUUUCCUGACAUCACUUCCACUAAAAUUCUAUUGAAGACUUGAUUUUUGC